UUCCGUACCCACUGUAUGUCUAUAUUCUCCUCGAACAGCAUGUUGGACAGGCUCCCUCACGUUCUGUGCUGUGUUGAUAGAGGCUUCUUGUACAUGUGGUGCACUUCCACCAUGUUGGCAAUGACAACAGAGAUUCUCAAGGUGUUUAGCAAAGUGAUUUUUCAAAUGUUACACUAGUUUAGCACGGUCCUAAAUGUAACCUGAACUAUUUAUUUUUAUAUAUUAUAUUCUAUCUUUACUGUAACAACUGUGCUCCAUAUAACUUGCCCUCUAAAAUCAAUCUGCUAUUCAGAUUGGUAUGCUCCCACUUUUAAAGGAUCCCUUCACACAAAUUGACUUUUUUGAGUUAUUAAUUUAUAUGUACAGUCAUGACUACACUAUGAAUUGAAAGGAGAAGUGGUUUUGUGUCAGAAUAUAUUUGUUUAAAUCAGUAGUUAUCAUUCAUCACAAGUGUCUGUGUUCUGCCCUGAAGUUGUAUCAUUAGUUACUUGAUGUCUGCAUGAAUUCUUCAGACUGACUAAAUGCAUUUGUUUCUCUGUUCUCAGGACGAGCCCUCCCUACUGCUGUGUUGACCUGUAUUCUCUACGGACAGGGGAAAUGGUCAAAUCAAUUCAGUUCAAGACGCCCAUCUAUGAUCUCCACUGCAACAAGCAUAUUCUCGUUGUGAGCCUCCAAGAGAAGAUUGCUGCAUUUGACAGCUGCACCUUCACCAAGAAGUUCUUCGUCACAAGCUGCUAUCCCUGCCCCGGCCCUAGUCUAAAUCCAAUAGCUCUGGGAAGCCGCUGGCUAGCCUACGCUGAGAACAAGUUGAUCAGAUGUCACCAGUCUCGCGGAGGAGCUUGUGGUGACAAUGCACAGUCCUACACAGCUACAGUGAUCAAUGCUGCCAAAGUAAGUGAAAAUACAACCUGUCUACAUUACAGCUUAUUUAUUUUACACAACUCUGCACCAGUCCUCCAAAGUGCUUCAAUUUACACUAUAUUUGAUGCUAUUUUAU